AGAUACCUUGUCUUCCUUAGCAUGUAUACAUCGACUAGCGUCCUGUCAUUAAGCUGGAUUCAUCCUGUCCGCACCACUGCCCUUAUGGAAAUUGUUCUUGUAUGAUCGUGGUUUUCUUAUUGCUGUAUUAUUUUUUGUUGCAUGUAAGUUUUGUAGCAUGGUAGUAAGUUAUAGUACCUUCCAUUUCCGAACCUUGGGCUGGUAUACCUUAGCUCGUAUAAUGUUUCCAGAUUGCUUGUAUCUUCGUGGCACAAUACUUUUGCAAAAGGCCUUUGGCUUGGGGUUCGUCUGCUUUAUUUUUAAGCUGCAAGCCUGCACCACGCAUUAUUUUCAGAGAUGCGCGGUCAAUCAAGGAAACAACGAGCUCAAAGCCUGUGACUCUACAGAGCAAUUGGCUGGGGGCUACGUGAAAGCAACGGCCAGGAUUGUAAUUCUCCCUCACCAUCUUCAACAUGUCGCCCAUGGAGCAGGGGCUUGGUGCAGAAUGAGGCUGUUGGAUCCUCAUACAGAUUUUUUGGGCUUUUCCUGUGGCCACUACGCUUCAAUAUUUUCAGAGAUGGGGUUGCCAGUAGCGCACAGAGUUGUGGGACUGGGAUUAUGCACUCUAGUACUUCCAGGUCCUCCGGUAGAGACUGACAGUCACUGAAUCAAGACAUUUGGAGAGGGACAAAGCCCAUCGAGAAUUGUCGGCGAUCGAGCU